CACAAACAAUGAAGGAGUGGUUCAGGUGUAGCCAUUUCAAUUGUGGGUUUUGGGAGUAUAGCAGAUUUCAGGGUCCAGAUGAGCCACUGCUCUUCCAUGGCUUCUCUUCUGAAUCCAUACCCCACUUCUCCUCUGCAACACAAGGUGAACCGUUUCAGUUUGAACACCAUAUCUAGAAACCUGCUAUCAAACAGAAAUCAGCUGACUGUGAGGAAUGGCCCAACUCAUGGGCAUCGUCUAAUUACUACAGCUAAGAUGUCUGUUGAAGGAGAUGUAAUGGUGAAAGAAGCCAUUAGUACUGACCAAAAGAAUGAUAUUGGGAUUGUCAGCCUUCACCAUGUUGGAAUAUUAUGCGAGAACCUUGAACGAUCGUUUGAUUUUUACCAUAAUCUUCUGGGUUUUCCUGUAAAUGAGGCGAGACCAAAUGACAAGCUUCCCUACAGGGGAGCCUGGCUGUGGGUGGGUUCUGAAAUGAUUCAUUUGAUGGAGCUUCCCAAUCCAGAUCCCUUAACCGGAAGACCAGAGCAUGGGGGACGAGAUCGGCAUGCUUGUAUUGCAAUCCGGGACGUGUCUAAGCUGAAAGAGAUCCUGGAUGAGGCUGGUAUUCUCUACACACUUAGCAAGUCUGGUAGGCCAGCAAUCUUCACACGGGACCCUGAUGCAAAUGCCCUUGAAUUUGUGCAGGUGGAUGCCUGAUAUAUUCCAGAACUGGUAGCAUAAACCUGUGGUAUCUCUAUUGUUAUAUCAUUUCUCAGAACACCAAGUUUGUUUGUACAUAUAUUCUCAAAAGUAUCAAUAAUUUUCUGGUCACCUUUGAAACUGAUGAUAGUUGUCAGAAAAGAAAAAAAAAAUCAGAAAUUUUGAUGGGAUAAACAUGGGAUCCUAAUUUUCUGGCUA